AAUUUUGAACUAAUAUGGUUGUUUUGUCAUUUUGUAAUUCAUUUAAUGGCAUGAACUGCUGUUUGUUUGACAUAAUCAACACACAAGACCAAAAAACAGUGUUAAUGUCUAGUAUAUCUAACAGUUGAAUACUUGGGUGACAUAUCAGUGUUCAAAAUAGGACAAAUUGUUGGUGCACGUCUUGCUGAUGCAUCUGUGACCUAGACAGCAAGUCUUUGUGAUGUGUCAAAAGCCACGGUAUCCAGGGUAAUGUCAGCAUACCACCAAGAAGGACGAACCGCAUCCAACAGGAGUAACUGGACGUAAGAGGAAGCUGUCUGAAAGGGAUAUCCGGGUGCUAACCAACUCUCGUUUCCACCAAAACUGUCCGUCAGGGCCUCCACAGGGUCAAUAUACUUGGCUGGGCAGCUAUAGUCAAACCUUUGGUCACCAGGUGUUUCAGUUUCAUUGUCCAUCCCCUGUAUAUGCUGUAUGUAGUCUACAGUGUAGCAGUUAGCAAGCCUGCCUUGCAAAAAACAAAGUCCUGGGUUCAAUUCCCAGAGGAACCACAUAUCUAAUAGAGCCUCAAUUGUGGCAGCCUGUAGCAGUUGAAAAGACUAGCACUGUAAAUUUCCAAUGAGGAUUCAGUGUUUUCAGGCAAAAUGACUGCUCUGGAGUGAAUACUUAACUAGAAUAAAGGUUUUUAUACCUAAUACUGGAUGUAGUUGGACAAAACACAUCUUUGUAUGCUAAUUAAGUUUCAAAAUUAUACCUUUUGAGCCUACUGUAAAUAUACUCCUUGUGUCUGUGUAACAAGCUCAAAGAGAACAACACAGUGUAUGAAGUUGGCUAUGGUCAGUGGUGCAGAGUGACUGCUGAUCAGCUGACUGCAUAAACUUAGCUGCAAGUGUAAAUAUAGCAGCACAGUCCUGUUCCUCAUAACUUUUACUGUUUGAGUUCUGGGUGCAGAUCAAAACAUCCGUCUGACAUUUUGCAGUUACUACACUGCAAAACCAAAGAAUUCCUUGUAAUUUAAUAAUUUAAGACUUCUUUUAUCAAAGAUAAAUCUUUAGAACAAACAGCUGCAUUUCUGCUGAGGCACUAGAAAAACCAUACGACAACAGAUUCAAUCAGCAGGGACUCCACAAUCAGAAGACGGAAAUACAGACACAGACCUUAAGGUAAUUAAGAAGAACCUCUGUGUACUGUUGUUUACUUGAACUGUAUUUUCUUGAAAAUAUAUUGAACUUACAAUUCAAUUUUGGCCCUGUCCUGUCGUAUAAACCUGAGACAGCUUUAACCAACAGUUGAUGAAUGGAGCGAGCGUCCCUACAUUUUUGGCCUUGUAGAGCUCCUCAUCCCCUGGCUGUGAAAACAUUUAAUUAGGACAACAUGGAGUUUCAGCGAUUUGGCCUGGAGGAGGUGGAUGACGAAGACGAUGAAGCCACGCAGCACAUGAUAGAACAGAGUCUGGUGGAGAGCAGCAGGCAACAGGACAGCCAGAGUGCAGCUGGAGUCGAUAGGAGAGAAACAGAGAGCAGCAGCAUCUUCACUGCCAUUAGACAAGGAAAUGUGAAGCACCUGAAGGAUCUGUGUGCCAAAUACAAAGACAAGUUUCUGCAGGCAGACGGCAAAGGUUGGAUUCCUCUCCAUGCAGCAGCGGCUCAGAGCAACCAAACCAUCCUGGAGUUCACAUACAAAGCCUCAGGGUCCAACUCUGUAAAGCAUCGUACUAAUAAAGGUCAGACUCCUCUUUUCCUGGCAGUAGAACAAGGUCUGAUAGAAAACGUCUCCUUCCUCCUCAGCCAUGGAUCUCAGACAGACUGUCAGGACAAAGACGAGGACUCACCACUGUUUGUUGCAAUACGUUCCGAGCGCUCAGACCUAGUGAAGCUGCUGCUUCAGCACGGCGCCAGGGUGAACCAGGAGGGCUGCAACGGACGCAAGCCCCUUCAUGAGGCCUCACGGCUGGGCAAAGCAGCACUGGUGAACCAGCUGCUGGAUGCCGGAGCAUGGCCAGACCCUCGCAGCCACUACGGCCUCACGCCACUGGCAUUAGCAGCACAGGGUGGACACCUGGAGGUGGUGCAGAUUCUUCUGCAGAAAGGUGCAGACGUCCUGUCCCAGGCGCAGGACGAGGCGUCCAUCCUGUAUGAAGCAACUGUAGCCGGAGAUCCAGCUGUCAUCAGUCUGCUGCUGGAGUACGGAGCAGAUGCCAACGUAGCCAAGCACACAGGACACAUGCCCAUCCACCGUACGGCACACCGAGGACACCUGGAAUCCUUGAAUCUGCUGAUUCCUGUAACUUCAAUGGAGGAUGUAACUGACAGUGGGAUGAGUCCACUACACUCUGCUGCUGCAGGAGGACAUACACACUGCAUCAAGGCCUUGCUGGAGGCUGGUUACGACCCCAACUACAUGCUCCACCCCUGGGUUCGGCGUAGCUACGACGAUGAGAGGAAGUCGGCUCUCUUCUUUGCAGUGUCCAACAACGACGUGGCUUCAGCCAAACUGCUGCUGGAGGCUGGAGCCAUGGCCAAUCAAGAUCCUGUCAAAUGUUUGCAGGUUGCACUACGUUUGGGCAACUAUGAGCUGAUCCACUUACUGCUGAGGUUUGGAGCCAAUGUCAACUAUUUCUGCAGAAUAAACACAACACACUUCCCCUCAGCUCUGCAGUAUGCACUCAAGGACGAGGUGGUCCUUCGAAUGCUGUGUAACUUUGGUUACAAUGUGGAGCAGUGCUUUUCUUGUCGCUAUGGCAACAAACCCCACUUCCCUGAUGACUAUGAGGGAUGGAGUGACUCUGUGAUCAGAGAUACUAUGUUCUGUGAGGUGAUCACCGUCUCCUGGCUGAAGCAUCUAUCUGGUCAAGUUGUUCGCAUUCUACUGGACUACGUGGAUCACGUGGCCCUGUGCUCCAAACUGAAGGCAACAGUGAUGGAGCAGCCUGAGUGGCCCGACAUAUGCAGCCUACAGGAAAACACUCGUUGUCUGCAGCAUCUCUGCCGGCUGACAAUCCGUCGCUGCCUUGGACGCCUUCGUCUCCGGUCACCUGUCUUUAUGAGCUUCCUGCCUUUGCCAGGGCGACUGAAGGACUAUGUCCUGUACAGGGAGUAUGAUCUGUAUAGUUGUCAAGGAAUGACAACGGGAUGAGGACAAAGGAAGAGAAAGAAGGAUGUUAAAAAACUGAAGUAUUUUUCAUUAGUCUGUCCUAAAGAUUUAGUUAAGAUAAUUUUCCAUCUUAAAAUCAAAUCUAAAAAACAAAAGUACUUUAGUUGUGGGUUCAUCUAAAAAAAUUCACUUUCACAGAAAAGGGCCUUAUUCAGGUGUAAUGACCAUUAUUCAUACAUUCAGGUAGACAUUAUUAAAUAAAAAAUAUUACAUAUGUGACAGCAAAAAUGGUGUGCACUGUCAGCCAUUUUCCAAGGCCUAAGAAUCCACGUCUGAAAUAAAACCGUAUCAGAAUUUUCGGCCGUGUCACAAGCUUAUUCUUCAGGCCUGUAAAAUGAGAUUGUUGUAAAAGAAUAUAAAACCUAGUUUCAUUGAUGGCCUCGCACAGACUACUUUUUUUAUUGUGCGUUAUUGUUGUUUGAAAGUGAAGCAUAAAUAUUUAACUCUGCCA